GUAGAAACAGUUCCCCUCCUUUCUGGUCGCAGGAAUAAUAGUAAUGUCAGUAUUUAAAAUAAUAAAAACAGAAGCGCACUUUGGUUUUUUGGCUCCAUUUGGUAAACACAGGCGCUCUUCUCCACCCCCGUGUGUGACGCACUCCGCCGCAAACACCUCACUUCCUCCGUCAGAUUUCCGGAAACAUCCGAACAUGGCUUGCGCCGACUCAGAAGUGGACUUGGAGAAGAUUCCUCUGGUUGCGCUGAACAUGACUGUGAGGAAAAAGUUGGGACUUUAUCUGAACCCCAAACACACGGUGGCCGCAGACUGGAUGGCGCUUGCAGAGGCCAUGGGCUUCACUUACCUGGAGAUAAAGAACUACGAAGUGUCGAAAAAUCCAACCGGCACGGUUCUGGAGGACUGGCAGGCUCGGUCCACCGAGGCGUCAGUGGGGAAGUUGUUGUCAGUCCUCUCGGAGCUGGACAGAAAAGACAUCGUGGAAGAUCUGCGUCAUUUAAUAAAUGAAGAUGUCAGGAAGUACUGUGACAAUCUGAAGAAGAAAGCUGAACCCCCACUCCAGGUUCCUGAAGUUGACAGCUGUGUCCCUCGCACCCCAGAGAGGUCUGGGAUCACUGUAGAUGAUGACCCAGAAGGUGUUCCUGAGAUGUUCGACGCCUUCAUCUGCUACUGCCAGAGCGACUUUGCGUUUGUCCACGAAAUGAUCCGGGAGCUGGAGCAGACGGAUUACAAGCUGAAACUGUGUGUAUUCGACAGAGAUGUCCUCCCGGGCUCCUGCGUGUGGACCAUCACCAGUGAACUCAUUGAGAAGAGGUGUAAACGGAUGGUGGUGGUGAUUUCUGAUGAGUACCUCGACAGCGACGACUGCGACUUUCAGACCAAGUUUGCUCUCAGCCUUUGCCCUGGAGCUCGAAGUAAACGCCUGAUUCCGGUCAUCUACAAGCGAAUGACAAAACCCUUCCCCAGCAUUUUACGCUUCCUCACCAUUUGUGACUAUACCCGGCCUUGCACGCAGGCCUGGUUCUGGACGCGGCUGGCCAAAGCUCUCUCACUGCCGUAACUGUGGAGCAGACGGUUAAUCAUAUUUCAAAGUGCCUUUUAUUAUUCCAUUGAAUAGAUUAUGUUGGACAGUGGCCAAAUAUUCAGUCAUGUGGUAUUGCUUGCGAUUGAUGUGUAACUGGCAUUUGAGCAAUCCCGUGAUUCUACUGUAUGUAUAUAUUUUAUGGCUUCAAAUUGCACUUCCUUUGAACGUCACAUAGAUUCCUGUACACUAUCAUUAUGAAAGUGAAGCUGCACAGUAGUAUCCAACAUCAGCAAAGUUCUCAGUGCACAAAGUCAUUAUUAUGUUGUAAGAUUUCCACCGUGACAAAGGUUUUGAGUGCCGCUAUUUUGUAUUUAUGUGUUUCAUUAGGAGGAGGGUCAAGACAGUGUGUUCUAAGUUCUUUUGCCGCUUCCUCUUAUGAGCAAACUUCUUCAUGAAAAUGAAGCUUUAAGAGGAAGAGCUCGUGUGGCUGAGAUACUUUCACAUGUUCAGUUCCACUGACAGCUGACACCUGCUUUUCUCUGCACCAAUUGUUACUGUGGGAUCUGUACUUUAAAUUUUGUAUUCUUGAAAUGGUCUUUUAAAAUAAUGUAUUUUUUAAAUAAAUGAAUAAAGUAAAUGCGGUUCAUUA